AUAAAGCUAAGAGCUCAGUCAGGACAAAAAUCACUGUGCUCCUCUUAUACCUCAUUUCACCUGCAUUUCAGGAACAUCCUCGAACUCUCAACCGAAAACAUGAAGAAGCAAGAUUCAGAGAGAAAUCCUGCUUCAGUUCUGCCAGCAUUGCCAGAACCUCUCAAAGAUCUGAAAAUUAAGUACACCAAGAUAUUUAUAAACAAUGAGUGGCAUGAUUCAGUCAGUGGCAAAAAAUUUGAAGUCUUUAACCCUGCAAAUGAAGAGAAAAUUUGUGAUAUUGAAGAAGGUGACAAGGCAGAUGUCGACAAGGCUGUUAAAGCAGCUAGAAAAGCUUUUGAGCUUGGGUCACCCUGGCGUACAAUGGAUGCUUCAGAGCGAGGAAGGCUCUUGAACAAACUAGCUGAUUUAGUUGAAAGAGAUCGUCUGAUUUUAGCUACAAUGGAAACUGUUGAUGGUGGGAAACUCUUUUCCACUGCAUACCUGAUGGAUUUAGGUGCCUGUAUCAAAACAUUACGCUAUUAUGCAGGCUGGGCUGAUAAAAACCAUGGGCGUACUGUUCCAAUGGAUGGAAACUUUUUUACAUUUACAAGACAUGAGCCUAUUGGAGUGUGUGGCCAAAUUAUCCCUUGGAACUUCCCAUUGGUUAUGUUCAUCUGGAAGAUCGCCCCUGCCCUUUGUUGUGGAAACACAGUGGUUGUCAAACCAGCAGAACAAACUCCACUGAGUGCCCUUUACAUGGGAUCCUUAAUUAAAGAGGCAGGAUUUCCACCUGGAGUCGUGAACAUUGUGCCAGGCUUUGGACCCACGGCGGGAGCAGCAAUUUCUCACCACAUGGAUGUAGAUAAAGUAGCUUUCACAGGCUCUACAGAGGUUGGCAAACUGAUUAAAGAAGCAGCAGGAAAGAGCAAUCUGAAGAGAGUCACAUUGGAACUUGGAGGAAAAAGUCCUAAUAUUGUAUUUGCAGAUGCAGAUUUGGACACUGCUGUGGAGUUUGCACAUAUUGGUCUGUUUUACCACCAGGGACAGUGUUGUAUAGCAGGAUCUAGGAUUUUUGUGGAGGAGCCUAUUUAUGAUGAGUUUGUUCGCCGAAGCAUUGAACGAGCAAAAAAGUAUACUCUUGGAAAUCCUCUGUUGCCUGGUGUACAGCAAGGCCCUCAAAUUGAUAAGGAACAGUUCAAAAAAAUCCUGGAGCUAAUUGAGAGUGGGAAAAAAGAAGGAGCCAAACUGGAAUGUGGAGGAGGCCCAUGGGGAGACAAAGGUUACUUCAUCCAGCCCACGGUUUUUUCUAAUGUUACAGAUGACAUGCGCAUUGCCAAAGAAGAGAUAUUUGGACCUGUUCAGCAAAUCAUGAAGUUUAAAACUAUAGAUGAAGUUAUCAAGAGGGCAAAUAACACUACCUAUGGCUUAGCAGCAGCAGUUUUUACCAAAGACAUUGACAAAGCACUGACGUUUGCAGCUGCUCUUCAGGCUGGAACAGUGUGGGUUAAUUGUUAUAGUGCAGUAUCCGCUCAGUGUCCUUUCGGAGGAUUUAAGAUGUCGGGAAAUGGCCGAGAAAUGGGAGAAUAUGGCCUUCAUGAAUACACAGAAGUUAAGACUGUCACAAUCAAAAUCCCACAGAAGAAUUCAUAAUGCUGCUUGCGGUGCAUAAUAUAGCAUCAUUUCAAAUUAAUCUGAAAGGGAUAUCUGAGUUCUGCAAAUUUUUAUAUCCCAAAUUAUUCAUUAACCUUUUUGCUUUCUGAUUGCAUAAGACAUACUUGCUUACAUUAACAAUAUGAAGAAUAAUGUAGAAGAAUCUAAUGUAACUAGCUGAGAAAAUGAAAAUUUAAUGUUUGGUACACAGCUAAUUUUGGAAACCAUUUUCAAAAGGAUCUAUCUUUUAUUCUCAGUGGAUGGUCUCUGUAAUGCUAUGAAAAUGUUUCUUUUUUCAACAGGCACAGUUUGAAUAGAUGUGCUCUUCUAAAUGUUAGAUGGAAAGCUCUCUGUACUUUCUUUUCUUUGUGGCCUUAACGAAAGCACUUAUGACUAACUAGCAGAUAAGUACCUUUCUGUGUCUUUCAAAAAUAAUAGACUUCUAGAUAUAGUUCUUAGACACUGAAUUUGUUCAUGGUAUUACACAAAUGUAAUCUAGAUAAUAUUAAACAAUAUUAAAAUCCACCUUCAAAAUGUGAUAUUGCUCAUUAC